CCCCUUCCCCCUCCCCGCCGCUUCCACGCGCCCCGCUGCUCUCUCCCUUCCCCCUCCCCUCCUCGCCGCCGACGAAACCCUAGCUCACCCCACGCCCCCGCGCUCGGAUCCAGAGAGGGGAAACGACGCCACCCAUGUCGUCGGAGCGGAAGCUGGAUCGCUUCGCGGCGCUCGGCAAAGAUGUGCUCUCUCUGGGGAUCGAGGACGACAGGGCCGCCGCCGCCGCCAUAGGUUUCGUCGACGAAUCCAAAGAUCAGCAGCACCUGGAAAACAGCAUCCCUCUGUCUCCUCAGUGGCUUUACGCGAAACCAACUGAUUCAAAGAUUUUGGCACCUCAUGGUUCCUUGCUUGACCCUUCUGAAAAAGAAGUGAAGAUGCUGGAAGGAGCUGCCGAUAAGAAAGAACGCAGGCGGAAUGCGUUUGAUGCUGACAGCAGCCUUCGUUGGCUAGAAGAGGAGAGGGAAACAAGUUUGCCUGGGAGGAGGGAGCGCAAGAAGGAAGUGGACCGGGAUAUGGAGACUCGUAAAAAUGAUCGCCGAUCUGAUAAUGUUCCUGUAAGGGAUGGCAGUGAUUCACGAGCACCUUCAUCUGAAAGGUGGAACGAUGGAUCCACCCGUGUUUCAGGGAAUGAAGGGCGGCGUGAUGGCAAGUGGUCAUCAAGAUGGGGGCCCGAUGACAAGGAGAAGGACUCCAGAUCAGAAAAGAAGAUUGACGCAGAGAAGGACGAAAGCCACCCUGAAAAGCAGUCAUUUACUACUGGAAGGCUGCUGCCUGAGACAGACUCUCGUGACAAAUGGAGACCUCGUCACCGGCAGGAGAGUCACUCGGGUGGCACAGCAACAUACCGUGCUGCUCCAGGAUUUGGAUUGGAGAAAGGCCGUGCAAAGGAGUCCAAUGUUGGUUUUUCCGCUGGUAGAGGCAGGGCCAACCCCAAUCCGGUUCCAUCUUUUACCCGACCAUCUUCUGCUGGACCAAUUGGUGCUCCUGCCACACGUGGAAAAUGUGCAGCGUCUGCUAUUAGCCGCUUUCGCUACCCACGGGGUAAACUUCUUGAUAUAUACAGGCAGCAAAAGACAUUGCCAUCCUUUGAUGAUGUACACUGUAAGCUGGAGGAAGUUCCUUCUGUCAUACUAUCUUCUCCUGCCAAGCCUCUGGCCUUUAUUGCACCUGAUGCUGAUGAGGAGGCUGGUAGGGAAGAUAUUAUGAAGGGUAAGGUCAUCAGCAGUGAAGUAGUCAAUACAACUGGAAUGCAAAGAGAUCGAAAAAAAGAGAUUGAAGGGUUUGUUUCUGGUAUUGAUGGUAAGAAGGAUAAAGGCUCUGUUGCUUUUAGUGGAUUGCUUCAGGAAGAAUCUGCCACUUUAAUCUCAGAGAAGGAUGCCUUCUAUGAUGGUGGGGUGAUCUCUGCUGGUAAUAUUACUGUGGAAAAUACACCCAAAAAAGAAUCUGGGCUUUCUGGCAUUCGGGAAGAUAUGAAAUUUAAUGAAGUCAACUCAAGUACUGAUCUUGAUCUUGGUGCAAAGCUACCCAAUGACUCAAGCUCUCUGUUUCUUGAAUCACCCUUUGGGCAUAUUCAACAACCACCUGUGCUGUACCAGAACAGUGAGAUUGAUACAAAAGCUAGUGGCCAGGCUAGCUAUCCAGAGGACUUGACUUUGUAUUAUCUGGAUCCCCAAGGGGGCAUGCAGGGUCCAUUCCUAGGUGCUGACAUAAUCUCUUGGUACGAAGAUGGAUAUUUUGGUUUGGAUUUACCAGUGCGUUUGGCUAAUGCUCCAGACGAAUCUCCUUUUCGACCACUUUUUGAAGUAAUGCCACACCUUGGACAAAAGCCCCAACCUCUCCCUCCUGUAUCCCAUGGUGAAAGUAGUGAAUCUCCAGAUUCUGUACAUAAUAGUUUUGAUGAGAAGAUUCCUGCUUCUGGUUCUUUUGGGAAGAAUGAUCUAACAUCUAAACAGGAUCCUGAAAGUUAUGCUGUUGAUCUUAAAAGAGGUGAGCAUGAAGCACCUGUUCAGUCACAUAUGAGUUGGCCUCCUUCUCUUGAAACAGAAAAGAACACAUUAAAUGUUGAUGUCCGCCAGCAGCACAUUCCUGAAACAGUGAGUCAGGAUGCUGAAGAAAUUUUGUACACAGCGAGGCCCAAUAGCAGCACUGGCCAAUCUCUGCGGGAUCUUGAGAGUGACCGUUCAGAUUUCCAAUUGGCAAUACGUGAUCCACAUGCUGCAGUGGGAGAAGCUAAAUUGCCCAAGCAUGAUGUUCCCCGAGAGAGCGAGUUGAGCCCUCUUGGCUUGCUUUGGUCUGAGUUAGAGGGAAUGCACCCGAAGCAACCUCUCUCAUCUAAUGUACUCGGUAUGAAUGACCGUAGAAAUCCCAAGCCUACAGCCCCUAAGGACAUUCCACCUGUGAACAUGAGGCAUGGGCAACUUGGCAGGAUGAAUGAAGCUCCUGUUGUUCGAGAUGAGUGGCCUGCUAACUUUGGGCGUCUGGACAAUGUGACUGAGACAAACAUUUCAGGACGACUUGCCCAGCUUGAAACUGAUUUGAAUCAUUUGAGUAUGGACGAGCAAAUGCUUCUCCAACAGAUUCGGAGGGAGCAACUGCAGCAGGACCAGUUGAUUCCUCGUAAUAAUCUGGAGUUUCCUGGACCAUUCCCUGGGCAGGUGUUUGAUUCUUUGCACCAGCACAGGCAGUCUAUGAAUCAGCCUGUUCCUGAGGUGGAGCAUCUUUUGAGAGUCCAAUUUGAACUUGAACAACAACAGCGCCGCCAACAGCUCCAGCAAGAGCAGCACCAGAGGCAGCUGCAGCAGCGCCAAGCCCAACUUCUUCAGCAGCAGCAACAACAGCAGCAGCAGCAGCAACAGCAACAUCUGAUUUUUGAGCAAAUUUUGCAGCAACAGUUGCAGGCUUCAAAUUUUGGACCAACUAACAUGGUCGAUCAAGUAUUACUUCGCGAACAUGUAUUGAAUGACCUGCAUCACCAGCCCCACCAUUUUCAAAGGCAGCAUGAUGCAGCGAUUGAGCAACUCAUUCAAGCAAAAUUUGGGCAAGGUCUUCAAAGGGAGCAUCACAAUGAUCUGAUGGAUGUUCUCUCACGUUCAAAUCAGAGGCAAAUGCUUCCUUUGGAGCAACAAAUUCUGUUAGGUCUUCACCAUGAUCAGCUCCAGUCACAACAGUUGGCCAAUGCUCUGCGUCAACAUGCAGGUAGAGAGGAAGAAAGACAUUUAAGUGGGGGAUGGCCAAUGGAUGAAUCUGGUCAUUUUAUCCACUCAGGAACCAGUCCAAACCAAGGACAUGCCUCUAGACUAGGACAUUUUGAUCUCUUGCAGUCCCUUCAGAGAUCCUCAUCGAUGGAGCAACAUGAACAUCUUGAGCGGAGCUUGUCUUUGCAUGAGCGGUUGCAUAGAGGAGGUCAAGGUAUGCACUCCCUUGAGCGAUCUGGCUCUAUGCCUGGUGGUGGUCCCCCACUACCUAACAUGGAUGUUGUAAAUUCCCUAGCACGCCAUCAUGGCCUUGGUCAGUUAGAAGUACAUGGAGAUUUGUAUUCUCUAGGCCAAAUGCCUAUGGUUCCUUCAGCGGUUCAUCCCCAGCAACACCGGCUUCAGGAGCAGCUUUCUGGUUCUCACAUGGGAAGGCUGGAAAGGCACUGGUCAGAUGCCAAUGGACAAUUGCAAAACACAUUGAUGGAACCUUCACGCAUCAACCAGUUGCAAAUGGAAGCACAGAAGCAGCGAAGGAAUGUGGAAAUGAACCUUGCCGCUGACAACCCACAUGCAUGGGCGUCACUUCGGAAUAACGAGAGGAACACAGAGCAAGAUUUGAGUGACAUGCUGCAUCAAAAACUAGUUCUUCAAUCGCAGCAAUCCCUUGGUUUUCCUGAUAUUCCAGUACCGGCAUCAUUUGGACGGAAAGACCCUUCACUUUUUGCACAGCCUGCUGCAGAUAACCCUUUAAGACCACCUGUGGACAGGUUGUCUUUUGAUGAUCCUCUUGCAGAAAGGUCUCUUUUCGCAAAAGCAGGGCAGACAGGACAGGAGGGAUCGGCAAAUUUAGACAGUUUGACUAACAGUAUUGAGAGCAGUGGAAAGUUGAGCCUGAGAUCAAGCUCAGGAUCAAUGCUUGAUAUUCAAAGGGGUGAAUUUUCAGGUAUUAUGGGGGGUGGUGCAUCAGGCAAUCAAUUGGUUGGACAUACCAAUGAGGUACCCAGAGGAAAAAGGCAGGGUUCCAGUGCGAGCUUGGUAGCGGAUGACACUAAUUUUGCUGAAGACGCUGGUAGCAACUGGCCUGACACUACCAUGUCGAAAGGGGGCACUCAUUCCUUGCUGAAGCGCCCAGCAAGCCAAAACAGUGCUGCAGCUCAGGCAGUAUCCACGGAUCUGUCCUCAACCAUUAGGCUGAAGAAGGCAGGUCAUGCAUCUUCUGACGAUCAUAAGUUGGAAUCAGGAGUCACCUUGGCUGCCCAACCUGUGGAUAUCCCUGUCUCCUCCAACAAAGAGACAGGUUCUUUCAUCUCGCCAUCGGGAACCAGCGUCGACGGUCCGUCCUUCAGGGAAAUGGUGAAGAGCACGAAGAAACCCACCUUGCAGCAGUAUGAUGCAUCUGAAUCCGCAGAUGGCGGCCCGGGCGGCAAGGGUGCAAAGAAGAAGACAAAGAAAGGAAAGCAGAUUGACCCUUCUCUUCUUGGCUUCAAGGUGCACAGCAACCGCAUUAUGAUGGGCGAGAUUCAUCGCCUUGAUGAUUAACAUGAAGUGUGUUUCGCCAUUUUGUGUUGUGUACAUGUCCAUCUCUUUGUAGCGAUGCAGAAAUUUUGUAACAUUGCUGUGGAGGUCAUCAGAUCAUGACUCCUCCCCUCUUUUUUUUUUUCCCUUUAAUCUCCCUCCACCUUUUGUUCAUUCCUUUAGCCAUAGGAUACAGAAUUAGUCAGAAGAUGAAGUUGAAACUAGGGAGGAUUUUCUCUUUUUUUUUCCCCCUUUGUGUAUCUGUGCCCUCAGGUUUACAGGAGAUUGUACAGAACAAUGCAAAUGGUCAGCAUGUUCCUUGUACUUUUUUAAAGGGCUUUUGUCCUUUUUAAUCGACGGUCUCUCUUCAUUCAAAGAAUCAAAAUUUAUGGCUG